GAGCCAGCUGCCGAGGCACCAAGGGCGGAGGAGGCAGCCGCCGAGGUGCCGAAGGCUGAGGAGCAAGCCGCCGAGGCACCAAAGGCUGAAGAGGCAGCCGCCGAGGUGCCGAAGACUGAGGAGCCAGCUGCCGAGGCACCAAAGGUUGAAGAGGCAGCCGCAGAGGCACCGAAGACUGAGGAACCAAAAGCUGAGGAGGCAGUUGCAGAGGCGCCGAAGGCUGAGGAGCCAGCUGCCGAGGCACCAAAAGCUGAAGAGGCAGCCGCGGAGGCGCCGAAGACUGAGGAGCCAGCUGCCGAGGCACCAAAAGCUGAAGAGGCAGCUGCAGAGGCGCCGAAGACUGAGGAGGCAGCUGCAGAGGCACCAAAGACUGAAGAGGCAGCCGCAGAGGCGCCGAAGGCUGAGGAGCCAGCUGCCGAGACACCAAAAGCUGAAGAGGCAGCGGCAGAGGCGCCGAAGACUGAGGAGCCAUCUGCCGAGGCACCAGAGACUGAAGAGGCAGCCGCCGAGAUGCCGAAGACUGAGGAGGCAGCUGCCGAGGCACCAAACGCGGAAGAGGCGGCAGCCGCAGUUGCGCCAAAGACUGAGGAGCCAGCUGCCGAG